AGUCACCGCCAGAACUUCACGCGGUAAACCCGCUUUUUAGCGGUCUAACGACAUUUUUCAGUUCGAACAACACAGAAAUAAAUAAAUGUGAAAAUCAAAAAAGUCAACGGGAUUUAUGCUUACACGAAAGACGCGAAUAAAGAGAGCACCGCCCACCCGCCCACUUCUUGUCUAUUCUUUUGUGGGGGCGCGAACAAAGCCGCGAAACGGUUAAUGGUUAACGGGCAACGGGAAUCGGGAAUCGGUAUCGGGAAUGUACUAAAAAACGAAAGAACAAGGAAAGUCUCUCCUUUGUGUAGGCACUGCGUGCUAAUUAAUUGUCUUUUUGUGACCAAGUGGCUAAUGUGCAUUUGAUAUUGAAAUUCACGUUUAAAUUCAAUCCAGCCCAACCCAAUUCAACGCCCCUGCUCCUGUUUGUCCCCCCAUUCGUAUGCGUCAUAUGUAAAAGAGCGGAAAAAGGGCGAAAAGGAGAGAGAAAGCCAAGAAGCAGUGGCCACAACAAAAGCAGCAAACACAGAACAAGAAGCGCAAAACAGAACAACAAGGGCACCCCCCACCCUGCAACUCCCCCCCCCCCAUUGUUGUUGUUGCUGUUGCUGCAGCUGUUUUAUGCUGCCGGCUAUUUGUGUGCGUGCCGCCAAUGCGCAUGUGUGUCUGUGUCAACCCCCGCGGACAAAAAACCACAACGAAAACAAAGCAAAAGUGAAAAGUUCUAUUCCCUGUUUAUCAUCUGGAAUCGUUAGUCCGGCCCAUCAAUUAAUUAGGCCUCGAAAGAAAAUAAAGAAAAAUUGUUGUGAUCCGAGUGAUCGAGGAAAAGUUUUAGAGUGUUCUUUAUACCGGGAAAGAAAGAGAGCUGGAAAAUCUAGAAAAAUGAGUUCCACAAGUGUCGUCGUCGUUCUGCUAGCACUCGUUCCUCUGGCCUCGUGCAUCCAGGACCUGUCCCUCCCACACCAAAGAUCUCCGCCCACCUCCGAGCAGCUGGACAUGCAGACAACCAAGCCCCUCUCCCACGAUAUUUUGUACAAUUACCUCAUGCAGUUUGAUUACCUGCCCAAGUCGAGCCUGGAAUCGGGUAAUCUUCUCUCCGACGUGAAGCUGACACAAGCAAUCGAGAAUCUCCAGACUUUUGGCAACAUUCCAGUUACGGGCAAAAUCGACGCGGCAACGGCCCGGCUAAUACAGAAGCCCCGAUGCGGCGUGGGCGACGACCAGUCGGCCAAUAGCUUCUCGCCAGAUAAUCUCUAUCACGACAGCGGCCACGGUGUGCGGGUGCGGCGCUACGUUCUACAGGGACCCAAGUGGUCGAGGACGGAUCUUACGUGGAGCCUGGUCAACCGGACGAUGCCUGAUGCCCAGAAAGUCCGGAUGAUGGUGAGCCGUGCCCUGAGCGUUUGGGAGAACAACUCGAAGCUGACUUUCCGCGAGGUCUACAGCGACCAGGCCGACAUUCAGAUAGUCUUUGCACGGCUCCAGCACGGCGAUGGCUAUAAAUUCGAUGGACCUGGCCAGGUGCUGGCCCACGCCUUCUAUCCCGGCGAGGGGCGUGGCGGAGAUGCCCACUUCGAUGCGGACGAGACCUGGGACUUCGAUGGCGGAGCCGACGACAGCCGUGGAACCAAUUUUCUGAACGUGGCCCUGCACGAACUGGGUCACUCCCUGGGACUGGGCCACUCCUCGGACGUGAAUGCCAUCAUGUAUCCCUGGUACCAGAACAACGAGGUGGAUGGCAAGCUGCCCGACGACGAUCGCCAUGGCAUCCAGGAGCUGUACGGCUCGAAGGAGAAGACCUGGGGACCCUAUAGACCGCGUCCGACGACCACCAGCACCACCACGACGACCAUGCGAACGAUGAGCUACUACCCGGACAAGCCAGUCUACAGACCCAACAAGGAACGGGAGCGGGCCAGGGAUCGCCAGGAGCAGGAACGGAAGCGCCAGGCGCAGGAGCGUCAGGAGCAGGAGGAUCGUCGGCGGGAACGGGAGUGGGAACGACAGCGCCAGGAGAGGGAGCGCCAGGAGAGGGAACGCCAGGAUCGAGACCGCCAGGAUCGGGACCGCCAGGAGCGGAAGCGCCUGGAGUGGGAGCGUGCCGAAAGGGAAAGGAAUACAAGUCAGAACCCAGUAACUCGCCCAGCACCAACCACCAGGAGACCCACUACCAGGCCAUACCAAAAUGGAUGGCACCGGCAGAGCCAUCACCACAACAAACCACGGAAACCCAAACCAGACACCUGCAUGACCUCAUACGAUGCCAUCUCAAUGAUUCGCGGCGAACUGUUCAUCUUCCGGGGACCGUUCCUUUGGCGCAUUGGAGCAUCCGGCUUGUAUCCUGGUUAUCCCACGGAGACCAGGAGGCACUGGUCUGCUCUACCCGAAAAUCUCACCAAAGUGGAUGCGGUGUAUGAAAACAAACAGCGACAGAUUGUGUUCUUCAUAGGUCGUGAGUAUUACGUGUUCAACUCGGUGAACCUGGCUCCCGGCUUCCCCAAGCCGCUCUCCAAUCUGGGUCUGCCGACCACUCUGUCCCACAUCGAUGCCUCCUUCGUGUGGGGCCACAACAACAAUACCUUCUUCACCAGCGGCACUCUGUACUGGCGAUUCAACGACACCACGGGUCAGGUGGACCCAUUUUAUCCGCGGGACAUGAGCAUCUGGUCGGGAGUGGGCUACAACAUUGACACGGCGUUCCAGUACUUGGAUGGCAAGACGUACUUCUUCAAGAACCUGGGGUACUGGGAGUUCAGCGACGACCUCAUGAAGGUGGCCCAUGCCAGGCCCAAGUUGUCGUCCCGGAAAUGGAUGCAGUGCGCCCGGAGUGCCAACGAGGUGGAUGACGAGCAGCGAUAUACGGCGUCCCUGGUUUCCGGGGAGAACGAGGGCGACGGGAGCGAGGAAACGGGGAGGAGUGGCGCCAGAGAGCACAGGAUCAGCCUCUUCCUGCUCCCGAUCCUCCUGAUUGCCUUUACGAUCUGCCGGAGUUAAGAUUGAACGCAGGGCUUAGGCUAAGCAAUCUCUAGCAUUAGGAUCCACGGUUCGCCUCGUAUUUUUCACAAAAGGCCUUUUUAGGGCUUGUUCCAAAUUUGGGUUCAAGUGAGAACCAUUUUUUGCUCUCCAAAAAGAUAGGGACUACAUUGUAAAUUGUAAUAAUUAGAGCAGAUCUAAGAAGAUCUAUAUAGCAGAGCGCAACUGUGUGACAGUCUGGCGCUUGAAUGCCCCCAAAGACGACACCGAGCGGCCUUUCCUUAGAUUUAAUGGAAAUAAAUCAACACCCAAGUGAGAUUCGCAAAUAGAUGAAAAUUCUACGAUUCGCCCACUGGCUGAUUUAUUCAUGGACACUUGCCAAUUGUGCACACUGGCGCCAUCUAUUGAACAAAUAGCAGGGCUGUUUUACCAGAUCUAUAUACCAUACUUAUAAGAUAAAUCAACAUGAUUAUACCGUAACUAUAAGUCUACUUAAGUGUGGAAAUAAAUAAUGUUUUAAGUAUAUAGAGGAAGCGUCGAAUAUCCAAUGAUGAAAUUCGAAACCACAACUGCCUUAUAAAUAAGUAUUUUAUUGCUUUUUAUUGACGAACGUAUGCUCCGCUUUUCUUGAUUUGGCGAACCUUUCUAACUAUUUAUAUUUAUGAAUGUGAUAUUAUCAUAAAUUUUGCGCGAUUGUAAACGAAAGAAAAACUGAGCUGAGAACGAAAUUCUUACAUUUUGGUUAGUUUUUAGUUCAGUUUAUAUAAGAUACUUAGCUGCUAACUAUCUUUUUAUAUACAUUGUACCGAAACAAAAUCAAAUAAAUAUGAAUACAU